UUUUCCCCUCAGGGAACUUUCUGUCUGUUUGUUGAUCUGAGUUUGUUCAGGCUUGUGCUCCCUGGAACAAAUCCAAACCAAUAAACAACCUGGCAGCGUUUGGGUUCAGGAGCAUGUUCCUGAAGUGAACAGUCCAGUUUCCCAGCAGAUGUUAACCAACACGGAUUGACUUCAGUCUGCAGAGCUGCGGCUGCAUCGGGUCGGUUCUGGUGGAGAUCCAGAGCUGAUCUGAUGUGAAUCCACCAUGGAUCAGUGUAAARACAAAGAGACGAAGAGGUUUCUGCUGUUUAAAGACAAAAAGAUGAAUGCCAAACCUCUGAGUAUAAAAAAGACUUCGAUAAAGGUGUCAGCUGAUCCGGGCCUGGACUCCUUCAACCAGAGGUCGACAUGCCUGACCUGGUGCUGGCCCAGCCGUGCUCCAAGACCAGACCCUGUUGAAUCUGAAUGCGUUCUGGAACACAAACUUGAGACUAAACAUGAAGCUAAAGAUAAAACCAAAUCUGCUGUCAAGACAACGAGUCCAAAGAUGAAAAUCAACAAGAUGACCAAGGAACAGGAGGAGUCCUGGGCCUCCAUUUGUCCACCUGGAGACAAGGACGCUAAAACCAAGGUUUGGCUGAAGGAGUCUUUGGAGAAGCUGRGCAACAGGGAGCUGAAGUACUUCCACAAGUGUCUGCGGACCAUGGACAAGUCCAAGGACGGCUUCAAACCCAUCAAGCAGAUCCGACUGGAGGGUGCAGACACAUUGGACACAGUGGAGCUGAUGAUUCAGACGUACCCAAAGAAGGCCAGAGUGGUGACUGAGAAGAUUCUGGAGAAAAUCAACACAAACAAAGGAAAUGUAAUUAUCUAUACUAGAGUGGUGAAUAUAUAUGAACACUCUAAUGGCAUUACUAUCACCAGAAUCUGUGUUCAAACUCUCUUUGUUCACCAUUAA